AUUGAUCAUAUAUCCUAGUAAAAGCGUGACCGUUGAUGGACUAAUGGCUCUCACAAAUCUUCUUCUCAUUUUAUUAUUUACUCCCACAACGACCUUUGUCUCUCUUUCUCCGUUUUCCUAAGUUUCAAUUCAAUCACCACUGAUCUAAGACAUGUCUUCAUCUGAUAAGCCACAUGUGGUGGAAAGGGGUGCUAAGGAUGAUGAAAAGAAGAAGGAAGAGGAUGGGAAGGGUGGAUUUCUUGAUACAGUGAAGGAUUUCAUUUCGGACAUUGGUGAGAAGAUUGAGGAAGCAAUUGGAUUUGGGAAGCCAACUGCAGAUGUUACAGGGAUACACAUUCCUUCAAUCAAUCUUCAGAAGGUAGACCUUGUUGUUGAUGUUCUCAUAAAGAACCCAAAUCCAGUGCCAAUACCCCUAAUUGACAUAAACUACUUGAUUGAGAGUGAUGGAAGGAAACUAGUUUCAGGGUUGAUACCAGAUUCAGGUACAAUUCAUGCACACGGAGAGGAGACAGUCAAGAUUCCGCUUACUUUGAUUUAUGAUGACAUCAAGAAAACCUAUGCUGAUAUUAAACCAGGAAGCAUCAUUCCUUACAAGGUAAAGGUUGAUCUCAUUGUUGAUGUUCCAGUGCUUGGAAGGCUCACUCUACCCUUGGAGAAAAAUGGAGAAAUCCCCAUUCCAUACAAGCCUGAUGUUGAUCUCGACAAAAUUCAGUUUGAGAGGUUUUCUUUUGAAGAGACGGUUGCUAUUCUUCAUUUGAAGUUGGACAACAAGAAUGACUUUGACCUGGGCCUCAAUGCACUUGAUUAUGAGGUCUGGCUUGGUGAUGUUAGCAUUGGAGGAGCCGAACUUUCCAAAUCUGCAAAGCUUGUCAAAACUGGGAUUACUGACAUUGAUGUUCCAAUUACCUUCAGGCCUAAGGAUUUUGGCUCUGCACUUUGGGACAUGAUCAGAGGACGGGGGACAGGUUACUCUAUUAAAGGACAUAUUGAUGUUGACACUCCCUUUGGAGCAAUGAAAUUACCCAUCAGCAAAGAAGGAGGUACUACCCGGCUCAAGAAGAAGAAGGAAGAUGGUGGAGAUGAUGAUGAUGAUUAGGAAUGAAGAAGAAAUUGCUACUUCUGCAGUAAUUUUGUUGUGCUGUAAGUUUAAGCCUUUAAUCUUUUCUUUUACAGGAAUGAAGAAGAAAUUGCUGCAAGUUAUUAGUAUAGUAUCUGUUAUUUAGUUUACGGGGUCCAUUAGAAAGUUAAGCAAAAGGGAUAUGAACUUAAGGGCCCUGAUGAUUGUGAUUUAUGCAUUAAAGCUCAAGUAGAGGUUUGAAAUGAUGGUUAUGUCUGGUUAUUUAAGUGAAUAUCGGUUUGGCGUUUGAGUACGUAAUUGGUGAUCGAAAUUCAAAACUCUGCAGUGAUACGUUCUCAAAGGAUAAUUAUGUGUUAAUUUUUUUAGUCCUACAUAAACUGUGAUUAUGUACCUUUUUCCUAAGGGCCAGAGGGAGGAUCGUGUUAUAGUGUUCUGCAAUUGAUGUCAUCUAUAAAAUAUAGUGUGUAAUUGUAAUACCCAAGUAAUCCAACAAUGUAAUUCUGUAGAUGUUAUUCAAACUAUAUUAUGUAAUGUUCGAAUUUUAUUUAAUGGCAUACUUUUUUUAUUGUACUAA